UGGGAGAAAGGAGGCGAGGGACCACUUGGUGCUGAGGAACUGACCUCUGGCCUGGCGGGCCUCUGGACGGGGAGGGUCGAAGAGGAGUGGCUGCGGUGGGGGGACUCCAUGCGGGGGCCAUGGACAGAGCAGCGCUCCUGGGACUGUCCCGCCUGUGCGCGCUGUGGGCAGCCCUGCUCGCGCUGUUUCCCUGCGGAGCCCAAGGAAACUGGAUGUGGUUGGGCAUCGCCUCCUUUGGGGUUCCGGAGAAGCUGGGCUGCGCCAACUUGCCGCUGAACAGCCGCCAGAAGGAGCUGUGCAAGAGGAAACCGUACCUGCUGCCGAGCAUCCGCGAGGGUGCCCGCCUGGGCAUCCAGGAAUGCAGGAGCCAGUUCAAACAUGAGAGAUGGAACUGCCUGGUGGCCACCGCCUCCCAGCAGGGCACCAGCCCCCUCUUCGGCUACGAGCUGAGCAGCGGCACCAAGGAAACAGCAUUUAUUUAUGCUGUGAUGGCUGCAGGCCUGGUGCAUUCUGUGACCAGGUCAUGUAGUGCAGGCAACAUGACGGAGUGUUCCUGUGACACCACCUUGCAGAAUGGCGGCUCAGCGAGUGAAGGCUGGCACUGGGGGGGCUGCUCUGAUGAUGUUCAGUAUGGCAUGUGGUUCAGCAGAAAGUUCCUAGAUUUCCCCAUCAGAAACACCACGGGAAAAGAGAGCAAAGUACUGUUAGCAAUGAACCUACAUAACAAUGAAGCUGGAAGGCAGGCUGUCGCCAAGCUGAUGUCACUAGACUGCCGGUGUCACGGAGUUUCCGGCUCCUGUGCUGUGAAAACGUGUUGGAAAUCCAUGUCUUCUUUUGAAAAGAUUGGCCAUCUGUUGAAGGACAAAUACGAAAACAGCGUCCAAAUCUCAGACAAAAUAAAGAAGAAAAUGCUCAGGAGAGACAAAGAUCAGAGGAAAAUACCCAUCCGCAAGGAUGAGCUGCUCUACGUUAAUAAAUCUCCCAAUUACUGUGUAGAGGAUAAGAAACUAGGGAUCCCAGGGACCCAGGGCAGGGAGUGCAACCGCACCUCAGAGGGUGCGGACGGCUGUAACCUCCUCUGCUGUGGCAGAGGCUACAACACCCACGUGGUCAGGCACGUGGAGAGAUGCGAGUGCAAGUUUAUCUGGUGCUGCUAUGUCCGUUGCAGGAGGUGUGAAAGCAUGACUGACGUCCACACUUGCAAGUAGUCCCUCCAUUCAGCCUUGGGCAAGAGUCCUCCCUGAGGGACCCACCACAGGAGCACCUCCCAGAGGCGCCUCCACUGUGCAGGGUCCCCGAAGUGGACUCCUGCCUCUCUGGAUUCCCCAGGUCCUCCAGCCUCUCAGAGGCCCCUUUACCUGUUGGAUGUCCGCGCAUACACUGAGCAUGUGCCUUUCUUGGGAUCCUAAAGUUCUGAAGAUUCUUUUGGUGGUUUGGGGAAUAUAUGUAUUGACAGACAAGGAAGAAAAAGCUGUGUCCUAAGCUAGAAAGAACAGAAAAGCACUUUCUUGCCCAGAGACCUGGUGCAUACAAGGGAGGAGACGCUCAACUUUGGAACUCAGUUAUGGAACUCAAUAGUGGUGGGUGAAUACUGUCAUUUUUUAAAAGACACCUCUUAGAGCAGCACUGAACAUGAAUCUCAUUUAUUCGCUCAGUUGUUUUUUUUUUUUUUUUAAUUGAUCCCCCUGGGG